CGGUGCCUGGGCGAUGCGAUGCUGUUGCUGUGGGUUUGAUUGACAGGAAACAUGUCGGUGUGGUGGGAGCGAACCGGGAUGCAGCUGCUGCCAAGGGAGACAGGGAGUACCUGCAUCCAAACCACACAUCAGCACCUUUAAAAAGCACCAGGCUUCCCCACGAUCCGUGCGCUUAGGAUGCGCUGAACACCUUCUCCACCUCCUCCUCCUCCUCCUCCUCCUCCACCUCCUCCUCCUUCUCUCUCUGUCUUUUUUUUUUUUUUAUUUUUUUUUUUAAACAUCGAAGGGUAGGCACCCAAUGGAUGCUGUGGCGAACCGCGUAGUCCCGCUCGCUACCUUCACACCGCGUUUGAUUUAGCCAACAGCCAGAGACACCUUGAUGAAACGGCAGGAACUACGAGGACUGUUGUUUGCGAUGGAGUCGACUCUCUCGCGGCUCAAAGCGCGUCUCUGAACCCACAGCAUCUCGUUUCAUGGCGUUUCGCAGGUCGCACCGCUCCGUGGGCUCCUCCACGCUUCUUUUCUGAGCCACUGUUGGCAUCAUUUUUUUUGAGUGCUUGCUUUUCCUCGUUUAUUUAAUUUGUUGAUUUAUUUGUUUUUAAGUGCAAAAAGGAGGGGGAAUAACGUCCGCUGCUGGCAAAACUAUGAACGAGGAGAUGACAAAAAGCGAGGAGCAGCAUCUUAGUUUGCAGAAAGCCUUGCAGCAGUGCGAGUUGGUGCAAAAUAUGAUAGACAUAAGCAUUUCUAGUUUGGAAGGUUUACGGACCAAAUGUGCCACAUCCAACGACUUGACACAGAAGGAGAUACGAACGCUGGAGGGGAAGCUGGUGAAGUACUUCAGCCGCCAGCUGUCCUGUAAGUGUAAAGUGGCCUUAGAGGAGCGCAGCGCUGAGCUGGAGGACUUCCCUCGCCUCGGCCACUGGUUCCGCAUCGUCAACCUGAGGAAGGAGGUCACAGAGGAGAUGAGCCCCGGCGAGGUGACGCUGGAGGGUCUGCUGGAGAUGAGCGAGGAGCAGGUGUGUGAGCUGCUGCAGAAGUUUGGUGCCAACGAGGAGGAGUGUGCCCGACUCAACGCCUCCCUCUCCUGCCUCCGAAAGGCUCACCAGCUCGAACAACUUGAGGAGGAUAAAUUGCACAGUAAUGGAGGGAGCCAGGCGAAACAGGACUGGUCCAUCCAGUGGCCCACCUCUGAAUCUGGCAAAGAGAACACUCCGGUGUGCCAGCCGGAGGCCAGUCAGUGGAUUCGUUUCCAGCUCUCCCAAAGCCCCAAAGUCCAGUCCAAGUACAACCAGCACAUGUGCCACAGCCCCCAGGCCCUGGCCCCCCCUUUCUAUGCCGAUCGGCUCACUGUCGACAGCCCCUCCGCGGGGCUCUUCCCUACCCUGGACUCUGGUCACCGCUCCCUGCCCCCGUCACCCCGCCAGAGGCAUUUUGGCCACACGCCUCCUCGGACUCCCUUGGUGGUCAACACCAUGACCCCGCCGGGCACCCCCCCCAUGCGGCGGAGAAACAAAGUGAAGGCACCGGGAACGCCGCCGCCGCCGAGCCGCAAGCUAAUCCACCUGCUGCCGGGCUUCACCGCGCUGCACCGCAGCAAAUCCCACGAGUUCCAGCUGGGGAACCGCCUGGAUGACACGCAGACACCAAAAGCCAAGAAAAAGACCAAGCCCUUAAACCUUAAGAUCCACAGCAGCGUGGGCAGCUGUGAGAACCUGCCCACGCAGCGCUCGCCCCUCCACACCGAACGAUCACUGCGCUCCUUCUUCUUCCCCUCUUUCAUCCCAUCGACGCCUCCCGUCCACGUCGAAACGCCCUCUGCAAACACUCUCUCAGUGCCUCGCUGGUCCCCACAGAUUCCCCGAAGAGAUCUGGGAAACUCAAUAAAACACAGAUUUUCCACCAAGUACUGGAUGUCCCAGACAUGCAUAGUAUGUGGAAAGGGAAUGUUGUUUGGACUGAAAUGUAAAAACUGCAAGCUGAAGUGCCACAACAAAUGCACCAAAGAAGCCCCACCUUGCCAUUUACUGAUCAUACAGCGAGGCGGACGAGAAUCUCUCAAAGAUCACCAAGGAACGAUUCAAGUAGCUCGUCUGGUACGGACUGAAUCAGUGCCAUGUGACAUCAACAACCCGCUCAGGUACACAGACCUGCACAUCAGUCAGACGCUCCCCAAAACCAACAAAAUCAACAAGGAUCACAUCCCCGUCCCGUACCAACCAGACUCCAGCAGUAACCCGUCAUCCACCACCUCCUCCACCCCGUCCUCCCCGGCUCCUCCUCUGCCCAGCAGUGCCACACCUCCCUCCCCGCUGCAUCCUUCCCCGCAGUCGGCACGGCAACAGAAACAGUUCAACCUGACAGCCUCCAGUUACUUCAAAUACAAGCAACAGUUCAUCUUCCCCGAUGUUGCUCCGGAGGCUCCUCCCAGCAGAGCGCCGCAGGUCAUCCUGCACCCUGUCCUUUCUGAACCGGGGAACGAGGGCAAUCCUCUGCUUCAAAUCGAAGUCGAACCUACAUCAGACAACGAGGAGGCCAACGACGAGGACUCCGGGGACGAGUUCGAGGAGAUGAACCUGUCGCUCCUGUCGGCUCGCAACUUCCCCCGCAAGGCCAGUCAGACCAGCAUCUUCCUGCAGGAGUGGGACAUCCCCUUCGAGCAGCUGGAGAUCGGGGAGAUGAUCGGCAAGGGCCGCUUCGGGAAGGUGUUCCACGGGCGGUGGCACGGCGAGGUCGCCAUCCGCUUGAUCGACAUCGAGCGCGACAACGAGGACCAGCUGAAGGCCUUCAAGCGCGAGGUGAUGGCCUACCGCAACACUCGCCACGAGAACGUGGUGCUGUUCAUGGGGGCCUGCAUGAGUCCGCCACAUCUGGCCAUCAUCACCAGCUUGUGCAAAGGAAGGACACUCUAUUCUGUGGUGCGGGAUGCCAAGGUCGUCCUCGACGUUAACAAGACCCGACAGAUCGCACAAGAGAUGGUUAAGGGGAUGGGCUACCUCCACGCUAAGGGGAUCUUACACAAAGACAUGAAGUCCAAGAACGUGUUUUAUGACAACGGUAAAGUCGUCAUCACCGACUUUGGACUCUUCACCAUAUCUGGGGUUCUGCAGGCUGGCAGCAGGAGAGAAGACAAACUGAGGAUCCCCAACGGCUGGCUGUGUCACCUGGCCCCGGAAAUCAUCCAGCAGCUCUCCCCAGACACAGAGGAGGACAAGCUUCCCUUCUCCAAACAAUCAGAUGUCUUUGCUUUUGGCACCAUCUGGUAUGAGUUACACGCACGUGAGUGGCCUUACAAGAGUCAGCCAGCAGAGGUGAUCAUAUGGCAGAUCGGCAGCGGGAUGAAGCCCAACCUCGCCCAAACCGGCAUGGGGAAGGAGAUAUCAGACAUUCUUCUCCUCUGCUGGGCGUACAAGCAGGACGAGCGGCCCAGCUUCUCCAAGCUGGUAGAUUUACUGGAAAAGCUGCCAAAAAGGAACCGUCGCCUUUCCCACCCAGGGCACUUCUGGAAGUCAGCUGAGCUGUAACGGAGGCAUCGACGGGACUGUGUCUUUGCUUGAAGCUCGUCCUCUGCUCUGCUCACAUCUGCUCCACCACCCACCUGCCCCGCCACCCAUCCACCCUCUCUUGCCCCACCCUGCUUCCACAACCCCCUCUACUUUUCUUACUCCUCCCUCUCGCUCCAGCUCUCCUCCUCCUCCCUCCCCAGCCCGAAUGGACCCUUUAGCGGUCACUAUUUGCCCACUUUGCCAGAGUGGGGGUCACAAAAACACGCCGCAGACUUUGAAAACAGAGAGGCCUUUCUCCGCUCUAUGCCUGAAGCCCUUCCCUAAAUCAACCCUUGUCUUUCAGUUGAAGGCUUUCAACAUGUUGCAACUCAUCUUCAGCUGUAAACGCCACAUACACAUGUUUUCAAACCAGCUCACAUUAUAAAUCAGUCAUGAUUUCAGUCAUUUCGCUAUGCCGACACACCAUGAUUUUGAUCCCUGUUCUUUAAAGACCUUAUAUACAUGACGAUGCUCACAAUGUGUUUGGAAUAUUGUUAAGGAUUACUUUCAGGUGGUUUAUUGGCCUUAUGUUUUGUUAAGCUCUGAAGGAAAUAUUCAGCCUUCUGUUAUGUUGUUAAUCCAAAAGAAUUAUUUUGGUCAGCAGGAGCACUGUGCUGCAAAAUGUUAGCUUUACUAAUUUCCACAGCACCACAGCAUCCCCACGUGUGUGCGGUCCUUUUAAAAACCAUUAUUUGUUUUUCUUUUUUUCAUUUUUUUUUUUUUUUACUAUGCUUACAACCAAAAAACAGCCUCAUGAACGUGCAAACGCGCCCUCUAGGAAUUACGGUAAAAGAAGAAGACAAAAUAAUAAUUAUGGUGAACAUAUUCCAAGAUGCAAAAUGUUUUAUUCCUGUUUAAUUCACUGGUUUUCUUUACGAUAUUAACCGAGGGCGUAUUGAUGUGUUCUAGGUUACACUAUUACACACAAAAGCAUUUGGUUACGGUGACAAAAAUAUUUUCUACCCACAAAUUAAUGUGCAGGCUCUUCCACACAAUGCCAAAUUUAGAUAAUCUAUUAGCAUUUUCAUGCAAAUCAGAGUUUUUAAAUCUGGCGCCUGCUGGGACGUUCCUGCUGCACGGGUAGGGACACAUUUUUACCUCAAUCAGUUCCUGUAGUUUCAAACAUCGAAGUAGACCGCAGGAACUUUGAGCAUCAAACAAAUCAGCAUUCAGAGGAAGAAUUAGAGCCUAAAAAGAGAUGUUUGUUUUCCUUGUUGGAGAACAAUGAAAGAAGAAAAGUGACUGCAGGCUGUAUUCACGGUGCAAUUAGUUUCAGCUUUAAAACUAAAAAUGCAUUGAAAUCGAGAGCAAAUCAUUUUGUAAAUUUAACAUAAGUGCUAUUGUUUUCUAAAAACCUAACCUCUGGCAUCUCAACUGUGGAUUAAAAACCCACCGUCAACCCCCACCUCCCCCCAAUCACCCACCCACCCACAGGUUCUGAAAGGUACCAAAUGUACGUUAGAGCUCCAUCCAAGCAAGGCGCUGAUUACAUUUCAUAGCACACUGUAAUUUGGAAAGCAAAUGAUGUAAUUUUCUAAUAGUCAGGGUUUACGCAGCGCUCGACACAAAAUGUCUGGACAUUGUGUGGUUGUGUGAAAGUCACGCGUCACACACAUACAGCUGCACAGGCAUUUAUCCACAAACUACUACUACUACUACUACUACUACUGGUGACCAGUAAGCAGCUGCAUCUGCACUGCGGAGGUUAAGUGCCUUGUUCAAGGGCGUCUCAGCAGCAGGAGGAGCUAUUAAGAAAAGGAAAAUAGUUUCUUGUUUUUCUUAUUUUUUGUUGAAGACUUAAGACACAAUUUCUUCCUGAAUGCACACAGGCACAAUGCGCUCAAAAGCCAACAUUUCAGUAACAUCUGCACAUACUCAAAGUCAUUUUGUCAUAGUUCUCUAUUCUUUCACACAGGAAUCGUAAACUGAAAAGGAAGCUUUCUAUUUUAUACUCUGAACCGUAGGCAUCGCUUGUGAAGACGGAGACCCUGUGUUGGUGGAGGGAAUCAAACCUUCCAAUGAGAAUAUCUCAGUUUAAUUGAUUCUAUUACACGGUCUGCUAACUUAAAAAUCGGCACACCCAUUUGUCUGCGGUGACAAACUAAUCUCUUCCAAGUGAAGUGGAGAAGAAUGGAGCGGAUUUCAGAAAACCUUAUACCCACCAGAUGAAUGUUAAAAUACCUCCGCUGACGUCCAGAGGAAUGAACGCGGGGUUUUUGUUUUUCUCCGAGGAAUUUGCUUCGAAAAUAUUAAACUCCCCAAGCGAUGAGAUUGUUUUGGAGAGAGUGGCGUGCGUGCUGAUUGAGAAAAUUACAUAUGCACAAAAAAAUACAGACAAUUAGAUAGAAUACUUAUUUAUUUAUUUAUUUAUUGACUGCCUUUGUACAUGGUGGCGAGCUAAUGGAAUAUAUGUCUGCUGACAUCAAGGCUAUGCAAUGAAACAAAGAUAACACAAAAGGCAGAUAUUUUAUCAAAGUGCUGAUCCGAUAGGUGUAAUUAAGCAUCCUUGACGGUUUUCAGUAUGCGUUUAACCUUUUUAGAAGUCCUUCUUUCGCCUUUAGGUGCACCUGCAACUUUUAAAUCUGUUCGAGGCAGGAUGUGAUGCGUCAGUGCUCCUGAAAAAAAGAUAUAUAUAUAUAAUAAUAAUGUCAAAAGGAAAUAUUCAGAUUGGCUAAUUUGGAUUGAUUUUAUCCUAAUGUCCUUCCGUGCACCUUCAGAGAGAAGAGUCAGAAGACGACUUGAAGACUCGACUGUAACAUCACACAGUUUAAGACAAACCUCAUUUCCAAUGAAGUUGAAAAUAUGAUUAGCUCAGUAUUUUUACAAACAAGGAUGGGGUGAGCGUCACCACUUUGUGAGCAAAAUGUUUCCAAAACUGCAGCCCUUUGGCGGCCCAAUGCUGGCCCGCAGGCCUUAUUUUUGACACCCCUGACCUAGGAAAGUUUGGCCAUUCUCCAGCAGCAUGUGUAGGUCUGGAAAAUUCUCUGCACCUGUUUAUUUUUGCAAGACACUUGUUGAAACUGCGUAGGUGGACUUCUAUCCCAUUCUUGCUCGAUGCACGCCUUCAGUUGCUCAACAGCCUCAGCAGUUGUUGUAUUGCCGGUUUCAUGAUGAGCGACAUGUUUUUAAUGGGAGGCAGGUAUGGACGUCGCUGCAUUCUUCUACUACGAAGCAAGAUGUGCAGAAUGUCGUCGACUUGCAGAAACAAGCCAUUACUGGGGAUUUUUUAUUUAUUUUUUUUUGUCUGUACUUUCAGCAACAUUUUGAUCAGCUCCCCCCGAUCCUUGUUUGUAAAAUGACUGAGGCUUUCAGGGAGGCUCCUGUUACGUCCAAUCAUCAAGAACAAUACAGUUUAUUAAGUUUGGACAUUGCAGUUGAAUAUAGGUUGAAAAAUAGUUGCAAAUCAUUGUUUUCGGUUCUUAUUUAUGUUGGAAGUCAUCAUUGUGCAUCUUUCACAAAGAAUUAAGGGUAUUAGUUCCAGUUCAUGGGUCAAAUUAUAAUAUUAUUAAUCAUAAAUCCACACAAUAAUCAUUAUUACCAAAAACUGUGAGCAACGCCCUCCGGUUUUUCAAACCAUUUCAUGAGUGAUGCAGUUAUUUUACAUCCUAAACAUGAACUCAACCACAAUCGCUGCAGGUUUAAAACCAGGACCUCCCACUUCAACUACAGGUCUUGUUAAAAAUGAAGCUCUGCAUCCUGUGCAGGCCAACACAGUGUGGGCAGACCUCAAAACCUUCCCACAUGCACCGGGAUAACAGCGUCCUGGCAAGAUCAAACAAAAAAUAAAGGUAAAAGACACACACGGCGUAUCUCAUUGAUGGAGAAAGGCAGCUCGGAUAAUUCCCUCGAGCUCAGCAACGUGUCUCCAGGUGACUUAAGGCGCAGUCAGUGACAAAUGUGGACGAGCACAUGCAGCUGAGCGGAUGUAUGUAUUUUCCUAAGAGUUGUCCACGGUUCAUUGGUGAUUGCAAACAAUGACGUGCAGGCAUGAGGAGAAGUGGUUCCAUAGGAGCCCGACGCAGAGGCUGGGUGGUUUUUAGAGGAAUCAAAGGGUUUUAUAAUGACAUGUAAGAGCCUGGUGCUCGGCUAUGAGCCACGCUGACAAGUGACAUUACAUUUGCUCCAUUUGAAAGCUACACAAGGGAGCACACAGAAAGGGCUUCUUACAACAAUUCUUUUUUCUUAUCUUUUUCUUUUUGUCUCCCCUAGCUUUUUUUUUUUUUAAAGUUGACUAUUUAUUUGUGUCUGUCAUCAAAUCUGAGUCAAACUUGAGAAUGUACAGCAUGAUGUCAAACCCCAGCGGCUUUUCCAAAAGGGAAGAGCUGAUCGAACACGAACAGAUUAGCCUGAAUACACACUAUAACCUCCUCUCUGAUGACAGCCGCUCGUGCUGCGGAUUCCACCGCACUCUGAAUCUGUUUUUUUUUUUGGUCCUCUGAAUGGAUCCUGUUUGCUGUAUCUGCAAAAUGUUUUUGUCCAGAGCUCAUCCCACCGCCACAUCCCUCCUUUGUUGUUGUUACACAUCUGAACUGCUUUGCUGCAACGGACACAAAAUGCAACACCCCGACGCUAAUUCCCUUCCAGAUUCCCCCCUUUUUUUUUUUUUUUUCCCAGCACCCAGUUCACUGUCAUGGUCCUCAUCAGCAUCCUCAUCCUCAUCGGUGACGUCACACAGCGCUCCCCACGCCCGAAAGAAAACAUCCGUCAUCCAAGCUUGAAAUGGAUCUUCAUUUGUAUAAUUUGUACAGUAAAGUUUAUAAAAGUUUUCUACCCUUCCAGAAAUGAUUUAGUUUCUGCCGUUCAACUGAAUGUCGAUGAAUUCAAAUUUGCAGGCCUUGUUAUAAAGUUUGUGUUUUUUGUGCAACAUUUGGGUUUGUUCUACUGUCGAGAAAAAAAGAAAAUGAAAAUAAAAAAGCUUUAACUAGUAA